AUGGGGUUGAUGGAGCAACAGUUGCAGGACUAUGCUUGGUGGAGAAGCGCGUUCAACAAGGAGAAGAAGAGCCCUUGCAAGGAAGAUCGAGGUGCAAACGGCUGCCUGGGUUUCGACCUGGCAGACAUCCUGGAGCAGGGCCGAGGCCCUGGCCUCGCCUCCAGCUUCGUCGAGGCACCGGAGCCGGAGGAGAAGGACCAGCAGCUGAGCGUCCUCUGCGAAGAGAGGCGCUUCACCUUGAUGAGGGACAACAAAACGCUGCUCGUGGCCGUGCCCGUUGAAGGCCUCGGCUUUGACAUUUUCCUCCCGAAAGAGGAGGGCCCCGCCGACGGCGCCGCCUUCCUGCUGCGCUGCAGCCCGAAGCUGGAUAGCUGGUUGCUGACGAGCGCGAGGUGCGAGCAGUGCGAGGCCCGAGGUAGCCGACAGUGUGGCACCCGAGAGCUUUGCCGCAUGUCGCACUACACCGAGCGCGUUGGCGAAGGGAAUGCAUUCUGCAUGGAUGUCGAGCUUCCUGAGCUUUCCGAGGAUGGCCGGAGUCGCGUGGUUUGCUCUGUGUGCAGUGGCAGAGAGGACGUGGCAGGUUGCGUGCUCUCCACCCGGCGACCGCGCUGGAACCCGAGGCAGAAGACGCUGACCUUGGAUUUCCAGGGCCGCUGCAGUUUGGCCUCCGCCAAGAACUUCCAGCUCGAGGCUGAGGGCGAGGAUGCGGGCCGGGUGGUGCUGCUCUUCGGCAAGGUCGAGAAGGAUCGCUUUGUCCUGGACCAUUCGCAUCCCCUGGGCACCGUCCAGGCGUUCGCUGCCGCGCUCUCGGAGGCGGCGCGAGUAAAGACGCGCGCGCGGCCGCGUGGACCGGGUCCGUCCACGGCUUCUGUGAGUGAGAGGUUUUGGCACAUCGCAGCGCCGCAGCGCCGCAGCGCGAGGUUCUUUCUUUCCGUCGCGGCUCAGGCUCCACUCGGGGACAGAAAGUGGCAGAGUGCGGAGAGGGCCGGGCCCCGAGGCCGGCGCUCGGCGCUCGACGCCAUGCCGGCCGAUCUGGACCAGACGCUCGAGGAGAUGAUCGAGACCACUUGGGAGCCGAAGGGCGGCAAAAAGGGCAAGGGCAAGGAGUUCAGCAGAGAAAAUGGCUAUGGCGGCUAUGGCGGCGGCUAUGACGGAAAAGGCUGGGGAAAGGCCAACAAGGGCAAUGGACAAGCGAAAGGCCGUUUCGGGCAGGGGCAGGGGGGACAGGGGCAGGGGGCUUCCGGGCAAAAGCUGGACAUGAGCUUGGACGAGCUGGUGGACGACGGCACCAGCGGCAAGAGCAAGGGCAAGGGCUCCAAGGGCUCCUACAGCUGGACCUGGGACUCGAACGGACAUGGCCCUGGCUAUUCAAAUAACUACAGUAAUUACGAUGGUUGGGGCAAGAGCUAUGGCAAGAGCUGGGGAAAGUCCAGACCCAAGGGCGAGUUCGACAAGGGGAAGAGUUGGGGCAAAGGCAAGGAUGGAGCUUCGACGGCUUCUCCAUAUUGGAUGGAACAUGACGACUGGCGCAUGGAUGAGGAGGAAGGCCAAGGAGGAAAAGGCAAAGGCGGCAAAGGCGGUAAGGGAAAGGACAGAUACGAUGCCUACGACUAUGACGGCUACAACGCCAGGUACGAAGACAAGGGCUGGGGCAAAGGGAAGGGAGAGGGAGUUUGGGCCCGCAGCCUCCGUGACACGGACAUGCGGGAAGAUCGAGGCUACGGCAGCGGCAGCGGCAGCUACGGCAGCUACGGCAGCUACGCAGUGGGAAGGCCUGGCAUGUGGAGCCGCAUCGAUGAGGAGCGCUCCGAUCGACGCGGUGACCGGAACGAACACGAUGGCCUACGGCGCGGGGGCGAAUCACGGCCGCGGCCAUCCGGGCUGCGCUUGGAGCGAAACCGCCUCCAAGAGCGGGAGCGGGAGCAGCGGGAUCUGCGGGAUCUGCGGGAAGCUCGAAAGAGGCCCCGAGAGGACCGAGACGCGCCCCCAGCUGCCCGCGUCACGCGCGCGCGGGUGACGGCCCCUUCAGCUCCCAAGAGGAUCAAGGUCACCAACAUCCCCAAGGAACUCAAAGCAGCCGAUGUCAGAGAAGCCUUCGAGGCAGAGACCGGCAAGAUCACGCUUUGCGAGCUUUCAAGAGGUACAUGCCGCAUCACCUUUGCUCGAGCAAAGGAUGCCCAGCAGGCUGUGGAAACCUUCGACCGUGGUGAGCUCAACGGCAAGGUCAUCUCAGUCAUUUUGGAGGACUAA